GCCUGUCUGCCGUCCUUUCGCUUCGUCUUUCUCGUCUCGCUUCUCUCCUUCUCAGCGUCUCGGCUGUGACGUCACUGUCUUCAGGUGAACAGCUGCGGCCUGCCUGUGACGUCACGGGGAUGGGCAGGUCACAUGGUCUCCGAGGAACCCUGCAGCGUCGUUGCCAGCAGAGGAGGAAGAAGUGGAAGAGGAGGCGCGGGUUCGAACCCUAGUACUUCGGCGGCCACACGCACGAACUGAACUGUUAGACGCACGACUCCCGUCUCAACCAGCGCCUUGUCCGCCGGAACUUGAGUUUGUUGAACCUGUUGGAACCUGUUGGAACACGCGAGUGUACUGCGCAGGCGCGGUGUCCCGGCGCCACAGGAACCGGGUCUGACCCGCCGUCAAUGGCCCUUCCUCAUCCUCAUGUCCUAUGGAGGAGGUCGCUCGGGACACUCUGACCGUGUCCAUCCAGAGCCAUAUUAUGACCAGGUCUACGCGGGCUCGCUGCCUCGGGUCAGCGACGGUGACUUCCGGCCACUGAGGGACCCGCUUCUCGCCCAAAGCUCUGACCCGCUUCCACCGCCACCACUGCCCGACAAGCCACCCGUUGGUCCAGAACUUGAUUCCACCAGCAGCGACCCGGAAGCGGACGGGGCCCUCGACAUCAAGCCGGUGCAUCGCUUCAUCCCAGACUCUUGGAAGAACUUCUUCCGAGUGAGUGGCCGUAGCGAUAAACCGUGGUCCAUGCCCGGGUCCAACAACAAUAACAGCACCAGCGAGGGCGUCCGCUGCUCGCCGCCUCACUCGCCUUCUGUGGUGGCCUCUUACCGUGAUCCAUAUGGCGGGUCUGGCAGGAGCUACCACUCGGGCAAGGAGCUGCUCGAGGUCCACGACUCUCACGGGUCACAGUCGGGUCGCACCUACCGCACAGGCCUGAGCUACAGCGAGCGUGUGGAGGAGUACCAUCAGCGAUACGCCUUCAUGAAGUCGUGGGCCGGGCUGCUGCGGAUCUUGGGCUGUGUGGAGCUGCUGCUGGGCGCCGCCAUCUUCGCCUGCGUGUGUGCCUACAUCCACAAGGACAACGAAUGGUUCAAGAUGUUCGGCUACUCGUCGCCUGGUGCGGCCUACGGCGGGAUCUACGGUGGCACCAGCGGGUCGUACUACACCGGCCCCAAGACGCCGUUUGUCCUUGUGAUCGCGGGGUUGGCCUGGCUGGUGACCAUCAUCGUGCUGGUCCUGGGAAUGACCAUGUACUACAGGACCAUCCUGCUGGACUCCACCUGGUGGCCACUCACAGAGUUCACCAUCAACCUGGUGCUGGCUAUACUCUUCAUGGCAGCAGGAAUUGUCUACGUGCACGACACGACACGCGGUGGCCUAUGCUACCUGCCCGUCUUCAACAACGGCAUCAAUGGCGCGUUCUGCAGGACGGAGGCGGGCCAGACUGCCGCCAUCAUUUUCCUCUUUGCCACCAUGGUGGUCUACCUCAUCGGUGCUGGUGUGUGCCUCAAGCUGUGGCGGCAUGAAGCCGCACGGAGACAGCGAGAGCGCUAUGGUCAAGAGAUGCAGCCGACCUCUGACCUCACUGCCACCCAGCCGCUGACAGCUCCGGCCGCCAAGGUUCCUGAACAGGUCCAGGGUUCCUCUGUGGUCCCCAUCCAGUCCAGACCUAACCCUGGCCGCCCGCAGGUCCUCCAAGGAGUCAUUCCAUCCGGGCACAUUCCCAAACCCGUCAUCGUCCCGGACUACAUAGCGAAAUACCCGACGAUCCGCUCAGACGAGGAGCAGGACCAGUACCGCGCUGUCUUCAACGACCAGUACGCCGAGUACAAGGAGCUGCACGCCGACGUCCAGGCCACCAGUAGGAAGUUCGAUGAGAUGGACGCCAUGAUGAGGAGCCUGCCUCAGCAGCCUGCCAGCCAUACAGAGGUGGAGCGCAUCAACCGGAUCCUUCAGGAGUUUCAGAGAAAGAAGAAUGACCCCACCUUCCUGGAGAAGAAGGAGCGCUGCGAGUACCUAAAGAGCAAACUGUCACACAUCAAGCAGAAGAUCCAGGAGUAUGACAAAGUCAUGGAGUGGAACGACGGCUACGAAUUCCUCGAGUCGCCGCGUCUUCCUCCUGGUUCCGGACGGGUCCACGCGCUACAACCUCUCCAGUCAAGUUUCCAGAACCAGCGGAGCCCUGCAGCGAUGUCAUCUGGACCCAUCGGGAGUCCGCCGCCGUACGAGUCUGACAAUGGCUUCGUCCCACCGCCUCAGCCCGCCUACUCAUACUACCCUGACGAUGAGUUCCAGCACUUUUACCGCUGGACAUCUCCACCAGGCAUCCUAAAGAUCAUGGCCGCCAUUGUCAUUGUGCUGUGCGUGGCCAUAUUCGCUUGCGUGGCAUCAACGCUGGCACACGACACACAAGGGGCACUGUCUGGCUUCGGUGGAAUCGGCGGUGGCUACGGUGGCACUUACGGCGGAAGCUACGGCGGCUCAUACGGCGGAGGCUACAACUACGGAGGAGGAGCUUAUGGACCCGGGAACAACUACGGCUACGGUGGACUCGGCGGAAACUACAACGACCCUCGUAAAGGCAAAGGCUUCAUCAUCGCCAUGGCAGCCAUCACCUUCAUCGCUGCGUUGGUCAUCUUCAUCGUCAUCGUGUCGCACCAGAGCUUGUCCGAGAGCCGGAGGUUCUACCUGGCGGUCAUCAUCAUCUGCGCCAUACUAGCGCUGCUCAUGCUGGUGGCGACGAUCGUCUACCUGAUCGCAGUCAACCCCAUGGCCCAGUCGUCGGGCUCGGCCUACGGCAGCCAGAUCGCCGGCCUCUGCGCCCAGUACCAGCAGCCCCAGCCGUCGGGCAUGUUCGUCAAUCAGUACCUGUACCACUACUGCGUGGUGGAGCCACAGGAGGCCAUCGCAGUGGUGUUCGGGUUCCUGGUCACCAUCGCACUGAUCAUCAUGCUGGUCUUUGCCCUGAAGACCCGCCAGAAGAUCCAGAACUACGGCAAGAGCAACAUCCUGUGGCGGCGGGUUAAGGUUGUGGAUGAGCUGGAGCCCCCCCAGGACGUGGAGGCGUGGGUGAACAAUGUGUCGGCCCCAGGAGAGGACCUUCCGAUGUCCGACUUCCCUGACAAGCUGCGCGGCUCCCGCAGCCACCUGGACGACGACAGCAACUACGACAAACCUCCGCUCAGCUACACCCCUCAACCUGUGUUGGAGGAGGAGGCGCCGCUGCGCCACAGCGCCCCCUACAGCAGCUCAGAUGUUCCCAGCUCCAACAGGAGGCGCCCCGGUCGGCCACGGCGCACCGAUGGUCAGGACUACGACACGGACUAUGCCUCAUCCGGGGACGAGCUGGACGACGACGACUUCUACAGCGAGUUCCCCCCCAUCAGGAAUGAUCAGGAGCGCAACGACUACAAGCGCGAGUUUGACCGUGAGCACAGCGAGUACAAGGACCUGCAGGCGGAGCUGGAUGCCAUCAACAAGAGUCUGGCGGAGGCUGACCGUGACCUGGACGAGCUGCCGGAGGGCAGUCCGCAGUACCUGGACGCGCUGGACGCCUACAACAGGAUAAAAGAUCGCAAGAAGUCUGCUGACUACCAGACCAGGAAGCGACGCUGCAAAUUUCUGAAGGCUAAGCUCAAUCACAUCAAGAAGAUGGUCGCUGACUUUGACCGCAGCGGAUGAGGCGACGGAGGCGCCACGACCUGGACGCGAUACAGUUGCCACUUUUCUACGUUUUUAAAAUUGUUUUUAUUGUUUUAAUGUUUUUAUCCUGUACAUAUCUGGGAAGCGGCUUUAGCAGAGACUCUGGAACUUUGAUGCUGUGAUUUUUUUCUAAACUGGUUUUUAUCCAAAU